AUGGAACUCUCAGAUGAGUUUGGGAGCUGUUAUGUGAUUGGCUCGAGUCUCCAAGUGAUUGACAGCCGCCUUCUUUGUCCUGCCCACCUCCAGAGUCUAAGAAGUGAAAGUGAAAUGGUUUUAUACAGAACCAUCUUCCUCUCAGAUGUGAAGAUGGGCUUAAUUAUUUUCCUUUUUCUAUUAGGAGUUCUGUUCAUCUGUGACGGGUUCCAUGUGCUCGGCCCCUCUGGUCCUCUGAUAGUGAAGCUGGGGGGCUCAGUGAUGCUGCCCUGUUAUGUUGAAGCCCCCAUAUCACCGGAAGAGCUGAAAGUGGAGUGGAAGAGAACAGACUCUGAAACUUUAGUACAUUUGUUCCAAGACAGAGAGAGUAAACCAGAGGCUCAGGAUCCAGCUUACAGUGGAAGAGCCAGUUUCUUUACGGAGGAGGUCAAACAUGGAAACUUCUCUCUCCUGGUCACAAAUCUGGUCGCUGAUGAUGCAGGAGUUUACAACUGUACCGUUUACAGACAACAGGAUACUGGUCACACAUCGGUUGAAAUUGAGUAUUUGAUUGUGACUGGAGGUCAUGCAGUAUCUGCGUAUGCACGUGAAGACAUCACUCUGAAUUGCUCUGUAGACUCCCAUAUCCCACCUGAACAGCUUGAAGUGGUCUCAUGGAGGAAAGUGGAUCAAGACAUUACAGUGCUGGUCUUCCAAGAGGGUGUGAUCCAGACAGAUUUUACCCACGAGAGAUUCAGAGACAGAGUCGAGUUCUUCGGCCCUGAAGAAAUAUUCAAAGGAAAUUUCUCACUCAGAAUAAAGACUCUCCGAAUGGAGGACAAAGGCCAGUAUAGAUGUGAAGUGCUCUCUGGGGAGGUUUCAGCUCACACAACUGUGGAAAUACAUCUGGAACUGCUGUUGGAGGCAUUCGGCUUGGAGUACUUCCAGCAUCGGCCCAUCCUGGAAAGGGCGCACCGACUCGGCCGAUCAGUUGUGGCGGGUGGCACAGACUCUAACAAGUCGAGGCCCUUCAUUAUGCUCUUUCAGUCAUUUCAGGACAAGGAAUUCUUUAGGAGGAGCAGGGAUGGUGUGGGUUUUCGGGGUCACAACAUCAGAUUUUUCCAGGACUAUAGCGCGGACGUCUCUUGGCGACGGGCCACAUUUCGUGCGAUAAAAGCUGGGCUAUACAAAGAAGGGGUCCAGGUCAGUAUGCUCUACCCCACUCGACUGUGUGUUGUUUCCAAGGAUGGUUUCAAGUUUUCUGAAAUUCCGGAUGCGGCCCAGGCCUUUGUGAAAGAUCACUUCAAUUGCUGA